AUGGACUCCGUCAACAUCCCACAGACCCAAACAGUCGCUCUCGUCCGUUCACUAGGUGGCCAAGUCGAGUUCAACACAGACUACCCCGUGCCAGUCCCGGGACGCAACGAAGUCCUCGCCAAAGUGCUCUACACCGGCGUCUGCCAGAGCGACCUACACACCAAAUCCGGCACCGCAGCCGGACCAGACGGUAACCCGAUAACGAAAAUCAAACUGCCACACGUGGGCGGCCACGAAGGCAUCGGCCGGGUAGUUGCACUUGGACCGGAUAUCACGCACGCCGCGGGUCUAAAAGUCGGCACGUUGGUCGGCAUCCGGUUCGCGAGCCGCAUCUGUCGACGGUGCGAGUUCUGUCUUGCGGGUACGGAGCAGUACUGCGUUGCCAGUACGAACCAUCUUCAUCAUGAGGAUGGCUCUUUUCAGCAGUAUAUUGCGCUCGAUGCGGAUUACUUGACCGUUCUGCCUGAUGAUGUUGAUCCGAGGGUUAUGGGGCCGGUACUUUGUGCGGGUUUGACGGCAUAUAAGGCUGUCUUGAAUGCGAAUGUUCGUCCUGGGAAUUGGUUGGUGGUUAUUGGUGCCGGAGGUGGCCUUGGACAUUUGGCUGUUCAAUAUGCCAGAGCGCAAGGGGCUCUAGUAAUUGGCGUCGAUACUGGUCCUGGUAAGGGAGACUUUAUCAAAGGUCUCGGCGCGCAGGAAUUUAUCGACUUUGCCACCGAGGACCCAAUAAAGAGGGUGCAAGAGAUCACUGGUCUGGGGGCACAUGCUGCUGUAGUGACAGCAGGUAUUGCAAAGGCGUUUGCACAUGCCUGUGAUAUGCUGCGGGGCCUUAAGAUCACGGGUAACCUGGUGGGCUCGCUGAAGGAAUGCAUGGAGGCUGUUGAUAUGGUACGACGUGGUAUUGUUAAGCCCGUGGUCAAGGUCCGGCCGUUUAAGGAUUUGCCUCAGGUAUACGAGGAGAUGGAGAAGGGUGAUAUCUCGGGGCGGAUUGUCCUUCAGAUCACAGAAUGA